AUGGCCGCCAAAUAUCUAGGCCCUCAUCUACAUGAAGACCAUGCCAAAAGGGAUUCCGAGCUACUGAUAGUCGGGGACAAGGUUUGUCUCGCCUGCAAGUGGUACCCUUGUGUGUAUCGGGAAACCAAGCGGUCCAGACAUUGGCAUUGCCUUUGCGGAAGAAACUUGGCGCGAUUUCGACAGGCGGCGUCCCAUAUACCCAACUGCAAGAUUGCUCAGGAUGCUCCGCUUGAAAGCUGUACCACCCUUCAAGAAAUGCUGGCUUGCGCGAGCCCACCUUCGGGUCUCAAUGGCUCUUCGUUCUCGACAAGUGACGGGGACGGCAAGAGCAUAACAGAUUCACCGCUUGCCAGUGUAUCUUCGGAUCUAGACGGCUCGUGUGUAUCCCAGGACGAUUGGCUUAAUUCUCUACUCUUAGGCCCAAAUUCGGGCGAAACCGUUUCUCAAACGCAUGAAGAUGUCGUUUGGUCGGCAGCUCCUGAUACGGCAUCUCCACUGAUCUGUCAGCCACUAGGGGAGCGUUUGGUGGUGCCCGAGUUCAAUACGUGUUCGCCGGCGACACUUGAAAGUCACAACAGAACUUCAAUGCCUGUUUCGUUCUUGCCACCGACACCAUCUUCAGACUUUUCCUCACCGGAGGAUGCGGACUUGUCUGCCGCGCUGGCGUGGCAGGAAAGUGCACAAGCUGAACCUGCACCUACUCUACUUUCAAAUCCAAACUCCAAUCCGGAAGACGAUGUGGCAGUUGUGUGGAUAUCCGUUAUCAUGCACGACAGCAAGCCUUCGAUUCCGCAUAUCUCCGCGCCACGGCCUCCGUCUCCACCACCGCGAUUAUGGAGUAUUCCUAUCCCGGUCCUUUCUCAUAUGUCGAUUUCGUCCCUCAAGCAACUCGUUCUGCGCUACAUGAAAUUUGUGGACGGUCCGUCAGAACAAGGCCCGCCUCGAAAACGGACGAGAAUGGACGAAGACAUACCGCUUUCUCCGUCAUAUUCACCGGAUGACAUGCAGCUCUGGUAUUGGGAAGGCCUCCGUCCUAGGCUUUUGGGGGGAGCAGCUCUUGUUGGAGGUUGUGGGUUGCGUGACGGUGAUCCUAUUCUUGCCUUUUUCCCGUCACACAAAAUCUGACCUACAGCUCUAUAAUGGGAUCAUAUCAGCUCCAGCGGCAUUAUACGCAACA